UAGGACUUCGUUCUUUCCACGAGAAUCAUCUAUCUAUAAUAAGAGAGAUUUCUAGACACCUUAAGCAGCAAUAGUAUUAUUAUUGGUGAAAUCAAAUCAAGAAGGUAUAAUUAAAAAGAGGAGCCAUGGUUCUUAUUAAUUAUGAUGAUAAUGAGAAGAAAAAGAACAAGAUCCUCAUCUUUGCUGCAAAUGGGUAUCUUGGUAAAUUCAUGGUGAAGGCAAGCCUUUCCAUGGGUCAUCCAACUUAUGUUUAUGUUCGUCCUUCCAAACCCAACGAUUCUUCCAAGCUUCAAGUUCUCAAGGAUCUUCAAUCCUUGGGUGUCACCAUAUUCCAAAAACUACCCUCCCUCACAUUACCCUUUAUGGCACUGGCCAAGCCAAGGUUGUAUUAAAUUACGAAAAAGAUGUGGCUGCUUACACUCUCAAAGUAGCAACAGAUCCAAGAGCUGAAAAUCGAGUAAUUAUAUAUAGACCCGAAGGAAAUAUAAUUACUCAGUUGGAAUUAUUAUCUUUGUGGGAAAAGAAGACUGGUCAAACUUUCAAAAGAGUUCAUGUUCCAGAGGAAGAAAUUAUCAAGCUCACUGAGACACUACCAUUUCCAGAUAAUGUACCGCCAGCAGUUCUACACAAUAUAUUCAUUAAAGGAGACCAAAUGAGGGGUUAAUGCUCAAAUU